AUGGUGCAGCUAAAGUUGACAUCCACACCUUUUUCGAACUUUCAGCAUACGGUCAAAAAUGCUGGCUGCAUUAUUAUAGGAGAUGAGAUUCUUAAUUCUAAAAUCGUGGAUACGAACUCGAGAUUUUUUGCCAAAAAGUGUUAUGAAAAUGGUAUCAAUCUCCGCAAAAUCACAGUUGUAGGUGAUAACGAAGAGGACAUUAUAGACACAGUUCACCAAUUUGUAUCAAGAUAUGAUUUUACUGUUACAACUGGAGGAAUCGGAAGUACACACGAUGAUUUGAGUUAUCAAUCAAUAGCCAAGGCCUUUAAGAUUUCCCUAGAAUUUAAUCAACAGACUUACGAUAGGGCCAUGAAGUUGAAUCCCGAGUGUGUUCCCACAAAGUCGAAUAAAGAGCUCUGGGACUCGUUCACUAGAAUGAUUCGUUUACCAUAUGCUGAAGACAGGACUAGAAUUCUUUAUUCACCAACGAGCUGGACACCGGUCGUUACAAUUGACUCAAAGCUUGCCAUUCUUCCUGGUGUGCCAAAAUUCUUUGAAGAUUUACUUGCUAAUGGUCUCUUUCCGCACCUUAAUGUUCCCGGAAAUCCGUUUAUAAGCUUGUAUGUCGUGACCAAGAUGCAAGAGGUGGAGUUUGGACAAUAUCUCUCCUUGAAGCAGAAGGAGCUUCUCACUGCAAACGAAAGCACGACUAUAAAACUUGGAUCCUAUCCUCAUUACGAGGCAGGAGUUGACACAAUCAGCAUUACAGGUCGUAAAAGUGAGAUGAAACGUAUCGAGCAAGCGGCGAACGAUAUCCUGGCGGAGGUGAAUGGCAUGCGGAUUACUAGAGAUCAAGAAUUUACGUUGUCAAACAAUCGGGAGUUCAAGCAGAUGGAAUUUCUCAAGUCAUUAGAUUAG